AUGGCUACAAUAAAGCCUAUUGAGCAGAAGUCUGUUCAUCAUAUACAGUCUGGCCAGGUUAUUGGUGACGGAUUGACUUCGGUGGUUAAAGAAUUGGUAGAGAAUAGCUUUGAUGCUAGCGCAACCUCUAUCGAGAUACGGUUCAAGAAUUAUGGUCUCGAUUCCGUCGAAGUUGCCGACAAUGGUGUUGGCAUCACCUCCGACAACUAUGAGUCUAUAGCUCUAAAACAUUGGACAUCCAAGCUUACGUCGUACGAUGACCUCGAUAACGUAAAAACUUUUGGAUUCCGUGGUGAAGCUCUUUCCUCGCUCUGUGCUCUUGCGGAUCUUCAGAUUACCACAGCAACUGCUGAAGAAGCCCCAAAAGGCACCCGUCUUGAAUUCGAGACUUCUGGAAAACUGAAGUCCCGUUCAGUUGCAGCUGCGCAACGCGGUACCACGGUACUGGUAGAAAAUAUAUUCAAGACUUUACCCGUAAGGAGAAGGGUGAAAUUUUCAGUUUUUAAUCAACCACCAAGGGGGAGAAAGACUCCAGUAUUUGCUACAAAAGGCAAUCCAACAACUCGAGAGAAUAUUGCGAAUGUAUUUGGCGCAAAAACUCUCACUGCAUUGGUGGCGUUAGAUCUACAAUUUGAGAUGACAUGUACCCGCAAAGGUAUCGGCAUGACUCGGAUAGGCGGCGGAUCAGAAAGUAAAGGAGUUAAGAUAAUUGGCCAUAUCUCGCGUCCUACCGUUGGAGAAGGCCGCCAAGCUCCUGACCGACAGAUGUUCUUCGUCAAUGGCAGACCUUGUGUUCUUCCUCAAAUAUCAAAGGCAUUUAACGAAGUUUACAAGAACUUCAAUGUUACGCAAUCCCCAUUUAUAUUUGCUGAUAUACAUAUGGAUACAAAUGCGUAUGAUGUGAAUGUCUCCCCUGAUAAGCGGUCCAUCUUGCUCCAUGAUCAAGCAAAACUAUUGGAAUCAUUAAAGGCCUCGCUUAUGGAAAUGUUCACGAAUCAUGAACAAACCGUACCCCAUACUCAACUUGGAAUCAAGGCAAAAUUGCCAAAUUACAAACAAAAUACCCUCAACCUACCUGACCCGCCCCCCGACUCAACUAAUUCACCGUCACCAGAGGGUUCAAAGGCUGAUGACCCGACCAUGACGCCGGAAAACCAUGCCGAUAUCACCCUUGAAGCCACGGAACCCCCAAAUAAGCAGAUGAUUCCUCAUUCUCAAAUUAACGAGGCCUCUAUUUCUCACCAAAAAUGCCAAGCAUUACCGAAAUAUGCCAUGGAUCUGCCCCAAAAGCUUCGAGAAUCUAGCUUCACGCCACUGACGGUUCAAGAGCGCGAGAAAAUUCUAGAACGAUCAAAAAACUCGUUUAGUUUCACGACAACGGCGGAUGAAAUCUCAGAUGACGUCCUCAUUGAAGAAGCCGAAGAGUUUGAGGCACGCCUCCCUAGUUUAAUAACCGUCCCAAAUAUUCGUUCGCAUUCUUAUAUGCCUACUACAAUGACAAGUCCCCUCUCAAAACUAUCGUGUUACGCCAGGAGAUCGCGGGCGAACAAAGCUACUAUCACGAUUGGCGACCGAGAUCCUAUCACAACCGGAAACAGUCCACCGAGCUCACCGAGUAAACGAAGAAAAGUCAUUGCACCUGAAACUGGAGGGUCAAAAAUUGUAAAGUUAGGAAGGUUAGGACAGCCAAAAUUCUCUUCGGGGGUUUUGAGUCGAUUCGCAGCGCCAAAGGCUCAGACACAAUUCAGGGAGGAGGAGCGGCAAGGGGAGCCGGAGGAGGAGGCCGAUGAUUUUGGACCAGAAUUAGUUAAGGGUCAUAAGGGUAUUGGCAGGGAAAUGGAGAUUCAAGGGCCGGACGAGAUGGUUUUAGACGAAAAUCAAUACAUUGAUAAGGAUCCGGAUGAGAUAUCUACAGACGCCAGUGAGCUGGGGGAAACCAUAGUUGUUCCAGACCAGGUUGGUUCAAAUCAAUCAUUUAUCCCUAACGUAGAAUUCAGCGCAAUUGGUGGUGAUGAAAUCAUGGACGGCGAGGGGGACUCGAGCGUAGAAAAUGAAGAGGUGGAACCCGACGAGGAUCCCGAGGACGACGAUUUUAUGGAUGAAUAUGAAUUCCUCAAACAAUCCUCAAUACGUGCGCAGAAGCUUUUUGAGCAAGCAGAGGAUUCAGUGGCCAAACCUACUUCGAAAAACCUAGAGAGAGCAUUCGAGAUCCUAGAAGGCUCGCCAGCGUAUACUACAAGGAGGGUCUUUGGAACAUGUUCCACGUCAGUGGCCCAAUUGAAAAAACAGCUGGGAUCACUUGGAAAACUCUCUACAGGAAUUACUGCUAAAACCACCUCUCCAUCUAAUUCUACUUUAACCGAGGACGAUUUAUCUGCCGAGGAACGUUUAAAUUUGACGAUUUCCAAGAAGGACUUCUUCGAAAUGCAAAUAAAAGGGCAGUUCAACAAAGGAUUUAUUUUGACAACCAGAAAAGACGACCUUUUCAUCAUUGACCAGCAUGCGUCUGAUGAAAAAUAUAAUUUCGAAACAUUGCAACUAGAUACUGUGGUUCAAAACCAAAGGCUUGUGGUUCCAAAAACACUAGAAUUAAUGGCGAUGGACGAAGUUAUUGUGACAGAACAUCUGGACGUUUUCAAAAAGAAUGGCUUUAUUAUCGAGGUGGAUCCAGAAGCACCUACUGGAGCAAGGUGCAGACUAAUUAGCUUACCCUUAAGCAAAGAGACUGUGUUCGGUAUCAAAGACUUGGAAGAGCUUAUACACUUAGUUCAUGAGGACCAAGGUAAUUCUUCAGUUCGAUGUUCCAAGGUUCGGAGUAUGUUUGCAAUGCGAGCUUGCAAGAAGAGCACCAAAGUAGGCCGAGCGCUCACAAUAAAGGGGAUGCGGAAAAUUGUCCGGCAUAUGGGCGAAUUGGAUAAACCUUGGAAUUGCCCGCAUGGGCGUCCGACUAUGAGACAUCUGAUAGAGUUAGGUCAGGUAACAUCUUGGAAUGAGUAUAGUUCUGAGAGUGCGAACUCGAGAGGUUUACAGUGGGGAAGUCAGAAUUGGGCGGAUACCUGGCGUGAAUUUAAUAUCGAGAAUUCGAGUAUAAGUAGGAGUAAACCCGGGCAAUAA